CAUGAGAAGUAACAGAUGCUUGUUAAAAAUGCAAAUUGUUCUUCCCUGCCUCACACCUCUUGCAUCACAAUCUCAAGAAAUGGAAUACACGGGCCUGCAAAUUUUAAUAAAACUACCAAUAUAAUUAACAAAUGUCAUCAACUCACUGCUUUAUGAGUUAGAAGAGGAAUCCCAGAAGCUAAGCUCAAAGCUGUUACCGCCUCUCUUGCUAGCAGAGAAAUACUUACCCCUCCCACACCAAUUAUCUCUCACUUCAUAUGUUAAGACUGUACUGACUUUUUAAACUCCAGGUAUAAAAAAUUAACAUGGAAAGAACCAACUGGACAGAGAUUGAGUUCAUUCUGCAGGGGCUUUCUGAGUACCCGAGAGCUGAAAAAUUCCUUUUCAUGAUGUGCUUGGUGAUGUACCUGGUGAUUCUCCUGGGGAACAGCACAUUUAUCAUUCUGACACUCCUGGAUGCUCGUCUCCACACACCAAUGUACUUCUUCCUUGGGAAUCUUUCCUUCCUAGAUAUUUGGUACACAUCCUCCUUCAUCCCCUCAAUGCUGAUACACUUCCUGUCAGAGAAGAAAACCAUCUCUUUCACUAGAUGUGUGGUUCAAAUGUCUGUCUCUUACACUAUGGGAUCCACUGAGUGUGUGCUCCUAGCAGUGAUGGCCUAUGACCGUUAUGUGGCCAUCUGCAACCCUCUGAGAUACCCCACCAUCAUGGACAAGGCACUUUGUAUUCAGAUGGCAGCUCUCUCUUGGGGACUAGGCUUUCUCAACUCAUUGACAGAAACUGUUCUUGCAAUACAGUUGCCCUUCUGUGGAAAAAAUGUCAUUAAUCAUUUUGUUUGUGAAAUACUGGCUUUUGUCAAGCUGGCUUGCACAGAUAUUUCCUUGAAUGAGAUUAUUAUAAUGUUGGGCAAUGUAAUAUUUUUGUUUUCUCCAUUACUGCUGAUUUGUAUCUCCUACAUAUUUAUCCUUUCUACUGUACUAAGAAUCAAUUCAGCUGAAGGAAGGAAAAAGGCCUUUUCCACCUGCUCAGCCCACCUCACAGUGGUGAUUGUGUUUUAUGGAACAAUCCUCUUCAUGUACAUGAAGCCGAAGUCCAAAGACUCUGCUUUUGACAAGCUGAUUGCCCUGUUCUAUGGCAUAGUCACCCCCAUGCUCAAUCCUAUCAUCUAUAGUCUGAGGAAUACAGAGGUACAUGGAGCUAUGAGGAAAUUAAUGAAUAGACACUGGUUCUGGAGGAAAUGAUGACACACUGACACCUUUGAGUUUAUGCACAAAAUACACUAUAAGUUUGAGGCAAGACUUUUAAAGUUAGACAAGAAAAGCAAUUAAGGUCAUAUGUUGAGUCAGAAUUUCAGUGUUAGAAAAAAAUUGAAGAUUAAGAGUUUAACUAUAUUACUUUAUGAAAAUGACUGAUUUCAUUAAAAUGUAGGUCUGUGAGAGUAAACUUUGGAAAAAAAAUACUUUCAGUAAGUCUUUCUAAGAAAAUCCAGCUUAGUAAGAAUUAAAACACAUUUUUCAGCCCUCUUUUUAAAAAAGCUAUUUUGUAUUUUUGUUCUUUUAUUCUUGCUCUUUAUUUUAUCCGGGGACUGGAUCUGGUCCCAACUUUCCCUUUCAGCUAUAUUAUUUCAACCUCUCCCCCUGUCCUUUCCCUCCCCCUAACUCUUCACACAAGUUGUGUUCUAUUUACCAUGUAAUUACCAAGUUACAUCAUUUUCUUUCACACCUAAUGACAAUAGCACGUGCUAUUCCAUCUGCAUUUUCACAUUUCUUCUCAGGUGAAAUCCUAACAAUCUCAUAAAGGACAGGUCAAGUGUCAUAUCCUCUGCAACACAGUCCAAAGUUUUCCCAGAGUUAUUUCUUCAUCUGUGCUGUCCUGGACUUUAUCUCCACUAAGCGAUUUUUUUUUAUACUAUAAUCAUUUAUUACCUUCUGAAAUUCUUCCCCGGGGCAGAACUAUGGCUCACUGUUCUCUGCAUAAAAUCUAAUGUCAAGUUAAUUAAAAACAGUUGGCAGUAAUGAACUGUUGAAUUAAUUAAAAAUUUUAAAGGAUAAUAAAAUUACGGUCUAAGUACCUGAUUUAAUACAAGGAGAUAACUGAAAUGUAUACAAAAUUUCCUUUACCAUACUACAAUUCUAAAAGAUUUUGGUAAAAUAACAGCUGAUUUUUUAAUGUAGGGAAAAAUAAGGGAAGAUAAAGACUGAAUAAAAUAUGCUGGAAAAAAUCAUUUUGGCCUGGUAAGACAAAAAACCCUAGUGGAUAUUAUUAUCAAAUAAGUAAUUGCUGAGAAAAAUGAAUCAAUUGCAUAAAUCUUAAAGAACACUGACAAUUUCAAUUACUUUCAGAAGAAAUGGUCUCAUUUAAAAUAUCUUCUUUUCAUUAGAAAAAACCUUGGACUGACUAGUAUUAAUAUAUAGUUGCAUUUUUAUAAUAGAUAUAUUUGUAUAAUAUAUAGUUGAGCUGCCUAGUACACUGUCAUCGCCCGAGCUUGGUGAGGAACUCACUGAGGCUAUGAACUUACUUGUGCAGUAAAACUA